AUGGCCGAUCCGGCACCCCCUCGCAGGCGGUUCGUCCCUGUACCUAUCGAGACGACUUUCCAGUCAGUCCGUAGCCAGGCCCCUAAGACGCAGCCUGGCGGACACACAGACGAGCUCACGCCCGAACCGUCGCCUCGCGAUCAGUCGCCCGACCCAGUCGUCUUCCAGCCUGGCAAGAGGCGGUUCGCCCCUCAGCUGAUCGAGACCUCGAGACGAACCCGCCGCGUCGGAGACACGGGCCCCGCCACCAAGCCCGCUGAUAAGACCGACAUCACCCCCUACACGAAUCACAUUUACGUCCAGCGCAACAAGUCGAGACGGAAACCCCACGACCAGUCCUCGCACAACCAGACGGUCCUGCACAAGGGUGCCAGGCGUGAAUCGGAAGAUGAGAAUGCAGGCAACUAUGUGUUGGAGUGGGCUGCAAAGGAGGCCGAGCGCCAGAUGCACGAAGAUGCCCUCGCUGCCUUUCCCAACAGCAGGGCGCGGGAGGGUGGCGCCGCCCAUUUCUACUUCCGCGAGAGCUCCGGCGACGAUUCUCUGUCAUCGAGCACAUCACCCGUGCCCCUCAGAGAGCAGCCCAAAGCCCUCCAUGGACGCCAGCCCCGUGCCGCGCGGCGGAAGUCGUCUGACCUGGGCUACUGGCACAAGCACAUGCAGGAGCACGCGGAAAAGGUGGCGGCCGAGCGCGGCGACACCAUGCACGAUGUGGAUGCAGAUGGGGACCUGGACGGUGAUGUCGAUAUGGACGAUUCGGAGCUCGACAACAUGGUGCUCGACAGCCCCCCCGAUCCCAUGUGGACGACCGACUCGCGCAAGCGUUCGCAACCCGGAGCAGCACGCGGUCCCAUCGGCGAGACCUACAUGCCUCUGGUGGGCUCCACGACAACGGUCCUUCAGGAAACGAAGACUGCCCAGGUCGGCCCUGCCGGCGCGAGCUCAUCGUCGGCGACGGGAAGACCCAUCGGAGAGUCACACAUGCCCCUUGUACCGCCGUCCGUCUCGGGCAUACCCGCUACGUCCCGACCGGCGCACCUCCCUUUUGUCAAGCCCUCGCAAAUUCCGCCCGAGACGGGCUUCCGAAACGUGGCAGGCGGCUUCGUGCCAAGGCCCUUUGGCCGUGCUGCCCAGGAGGACGCCAACCUCAGGAGGAUGAGGAGUGCUGCCUCACCGCCCAUGCUCGGCAAAGAAUUGACUUUCCGAAGGUGCCCGUCGCCCAAGCUAACAAAGCUUGAGCCCAACCACCCAUUCAAGGAAGUCGAGUUUAUGGAGGACAUCAACAGAGACGCCACCGGCGGAGGUGGCCUCUGGAGGGGCUACUGCUACAAGGACAGCCGCAACAGCACAAAUAUUGUGCAGGCCGAGCUGCAACCCCCUACCGUCAUGAGGACCCCCAUGCCGUCGACGCCCGGCGACCCCUUUGCCCAGGCCUUCGGUCGUGGUUCCAUGAGCGAUGAGCCCGAAUCGAGCAGUCAAAGCUCUCCCCCGGCCCCGCCGGAGCACCGUCUUCGGUCCGGCGAAGCCAAGGGUCUGCACAUGCUGCACGGGCUCGAGGAGAAGCUGAAGCGCGAGAAGGCCAAUGUGGAGAGGGAGGAUCGCAUCCACAGCGAGUUCAACGAUGCCUUCAUCACCCAGGUCUACAACUACCUGUCGCUGGGGUACCCCGCCAUGGCCCGCAACUUUGACCAGGAGCUCUCCAAAUUCGCCAAGGUCAGCAUCGCCGACCUGCGGGUCGACGACGCCAGCCAAAUGGCCCACGGACACGUGGUCGAGGCAGCGCAGGUGCCUGAGGACCGGCGCUGUCCCCGAUGGAGAGCCCUCAAGGUCUACAUCCUGGAGUGGGCUCAUCAGCAUCCCAACCUCGACACACUCGAUCCCCUGGCCUGGGGCGUCCGUGAGCGCCGCGGCAGCUGGGCUAUCUGA